AGUUUCAGCUGGAAGAAUGCUGGAGGAAUACGGAGCUCCUCCCAUUUCUCACAGCCACCUCCAACUCUUAAAAACGCUUCCAACUGCCUCCCAGCACACAACCAAGGGAGAAAAGUAUUCUGUCAAAGAGACGGUGCCAAAAGGCAGAAACAAAGGAGCUGAUGGCAAAGAAGGUAGCUGUGAUUGGAGCUGGGGUCAGUGGCCUGAUUUCUCUGAAGUGCUGUGUGGAUGACGGACUUGAGCCCACUUGCUUUGAGAGAACUGAAGAUAUUGGAGGAGUGUGGAGGUUCAAAGAGAAUGUGGAAGAUGGCCGAGCAAGUAUCUAUCAAUCUGUCAUUACCAACACCAGCAAAGAAAUGUCCUGUUUCAGUGACUUUCCAAUGCCUGAAGAUUUUCCAAACUUCCUGCAUAAUUCUAAACUUCUGGAAUAUUUCAGGAUUUUUGCUAAAAAAUUUGAUCUGUUAAAAUAUAUUCAGUUCCAGACAACUGUCCUUAGUGUGAGAAAAUGUCCAGAUUUCUCAUCCUCUGGCCAAUGGAAGGUUGUCACUCAGAGCAAUGGCAAGGAGCAGAGUGCUGUCUUUGAUGCAGUUAUGGUUUGCAGUGGCCACCACAUUCUACCUCAUAUCCCACUGAAGUCAUUUCCAGGUAUCGAGAGGUUCAAAGGCCAAUAUUUCCAUAGCCGCCAAUACAAGCAUCCAGAUGGAUUUGAGGGAAAACGCAUCCUGGUGAUUGGAAUGGGAAACUCGGGCUCAGAUAUUGCUGUUGAGCUGAGUAAGAAUGCUGCUCAGGUUUUUAUCAGCACCAGGCAUGGCACCUGGGUCAUGAGCCGUAUCUCUGAAGAUGGCUAUCCUUGGGACUCAGUGUUCCACACCCGGUUUCGUUCUAUGCUCCGCAAUGUACUGCCACGAACAGCUGUAAAAUGGAUGAUAGAACAACAGAUGAAUCGGUGGUUCAACCAUGAAAAUUAUGGCCUUGAGCCUCAAAACAAAUACAUUAUGAAGGAACCUGUACUAAAUGAUGAUGUCCCAAGUCGUCUACUCUGUGGAGCCAUCAAGGUGAAAUCUACAGUGAAAGAGCUCACAGAAACUUCUGCCAUCUUUGAGGAUGGAACAGUGGAGGAGAACAUUGAUGUCAUCAUUUUUGCAACAGGAUAUAGUUUCUCUUUUCCCUUCCUUGAAGAUUCACUUGUUAAAGUAGAGAAUAGUAUGGUCUCACUGUAUAAAUACAUAUUCCCCGCUCACCUGGACAAGUCAACCCUCGCAUGCAUUGGUCUCAUCCAGCCCCUAGGUUCCAUUUUCCCAACUGCUGAACUUCAAGCUCGUUGGGUGACAAGAGUUUUCAAAGGCUUGUGUAGCCUGCCCUCAGAGAGAACUAUGAUGAUGGACAUUAUCAAAAGGAAUGAAAAAAGAAUUGACCUGUUUGGAGAAAGCCAGAGCCAGACGUUGCAGACCAAUUAUGUUGACUACUUGGACGAGCUCGCCUUAGAGAUAGGUGCGAAGCCAGAUUUCUGCUCUCUCUUGUUUAAAGAUCCUAAACUGGCUGUGAGACUCUAUUUCGGACCCUGCAACUCCUAUCAGUAUCGCCUGGUUGGGCCUGGGCAAUGGGAAGGAGCCAGAAAUGCCAUCUUCACCCAGAAACAAAGAAUACUGAAGCCACUCAAGACUCGGGCCCUGAAGGAUUCAUCUAAUUUCUCCGUUUCUUUUCUGUUGAAAAUCCUGGGCCUUCUUGCUGUUGUUGUGGCCUUUUUUUGCCAACUUCAAUGGUCCUAGUCAGCAUAAUGCUUUGGGCUUUAUUAUCUUGUCAGUCACUACCUCCUAAAGAAAAAAAAAAAGGCUAGAAGAAAAAACAUUACAUUCAUGUUCUAAUUAUAGAUUUUAGAGUUAGGUAGUACAGGUAAGGGGGAAAUUGUAAAGAAUUAGCAGAAUUAGGCAUAUAUACAAAACCAAAAUUUUGUCAUGAAAUUUUGCCUUUCCACGCUUCCCUCAGUUCACCAAAGUUACCAAAAUGUAAAAUAAAAUAAGACUGGCUCAGGUAAGUAGUGCUGCCAACCCUGAUAUAGGGGAGUUGUAUGGAAAAAUAGUAGAAUUACACAGCAUGAAAAGCAGCCCAUGGUUUAAAUUAUUGGACAAUUUAAAUUGUGGGUAAAUAUUUAAAACUCCUGAACAAUGUUUCUGAUGGUCUUCUAUCCACCCUACUUGGUAACAAAGUUCUCAGAUGUUAGGUCAUGUUUCAUUUGCUCAGUUGGGGAUCACUCAAAACUACUAGACAAAAAAGUGAGAGGAUAGAUUUAGAAAACAUCAGUGAUGCUCAGAUGAACUUUUAGGACCUCACAUUAAGAGCUAAGCAAAUGGCCACAUUUCCUAUAUUUUGACAGAGAUACUGCUGGAAAAAUUAAAAUUAAAAUGCCAUAAUAGCUACCUAACAAAUAUAUAUGUUUAAUGUUUAUCAUAGGCCAGACAUUGUGCUAUGUGCAUAUCAUAUGUAUUAUUUCAUUUAAUUCUCACAACAAUUCUGUGAAAUGGUUACAGCUAUUAUAGUCAUUUCACAGAUGAUGAAGCUAAGAUUCAGAGCAGCUGAUCUUGUGAGGCAGCUGGAAUUGGAACUCAGAUUUGUUGAACUCUAGAACUAAAGAUCAUAAUGUUGUCUUGUAAUAUAUUUAUUUACAAAACACUUCAUUAUUUAUAAAGAAUUUACUAACAGUUUAUCUUAUUUAUACCCAUACAUCUGCUACUUUGGGAGGCCCUUUACAUAGAAAACAGCAUUCUUUUUGCCAAAUAUGACCAAAUUACUUUUAUUUAUAAUUUUUGAUUUAUAUUUCAGCUAGAUCUAAAAAGCAUCUGAAGGAAUUUACAAUGAAAGAUACCUAUGCAAUAACAUUUAGGAUAAUCUUUGACAUUUUGGAAAAAUAAGAAUUGAGGAAAAAAAGUGUAUCUUCCAAGUAGAUGCAAAGCAUUAUAAUGAUUGACACUUGUAUCUAACUCCAGUCUUACAGAUAACUAAGGCAAAAAGCUAAAUAAACAAUAUGUAACCUCUAACAUUUGGUAAAAGGAAGUAUACUGGUCUGUUAGGAGAGACAAACUUUUUUUAGAAUUGAAGUCUGAAACAAACAAAAGCAAUUCAAUGUCAAUAGACAUUAAGCAACAUAAUAGACAAACAUCUCCUAAGGGAACAUUUGUUACAGCUGCUCCUUCCCUGAACUGUGCUUUGGAAGAUAAGCUCUGUCCUGAGUCCAAACCAAGCCCUUCCAAGAGAGAACAAAGGUCGGAGAUGUUGAAGAUUCCAGCAAAUUUCUCCUCUUAUUUCUACCAAGCCUUUGUGAACAUUGCUCUUCAUUUUGGCCUGUACUUCUCCCUCAGGGACGUAGAACAAUGGAAUGUCAGUCAGUCUCUGUAGUUAAAACUUUUUCUUUAAAAUUCAAUUAAGUUACACCAGGAUUUACAGGCAAGAUUUUUUUUUCAUUGCUCCCAUAAGCAAAUUUGUUUUAAAAUAAUUGUAAAUGAGGUAUAUACUUAGUUCUUGGUUAAAAAAUAUAUUGCUUUGUUAAGUAUUAAAGAUUAUUUGUAAGUCAUUGUAUUAAUAAUACUAAUAAAAUUUAUCAAGCCUUUAUAGUAAGGGUCAGUGAAUUACCACUGCCUGUGGGCCAAAUCUAGCUCACUAUCUGUUUUUGUAAAUAAAAUUUUAUAAUAGUA